AUGGCUCCGCCUCCCGUCAACUCAUCAUCCCUCUUUACGACCAGGAAUGCUGCCCCUUCCGGUCCGAAAGCCUUGAGACCGAGCAGUCUUCCAGCACGACCCGAAGCGGCGACUACUCGCGAUGUUGGACCCAGUACAUCCACACCUAAUAGCUCCGGGAGUAAAGUGUCGAUAGCUUUCCCUUCCCUUCCUGCGAAGCCCAUAGCGACGCCAUCACGCCAUCAACCUCUCGAUCUGGAUCACCGGAGCAAUGGACAUGCUCACUCCGCAUCUCGGGUCAAUGGAUCUUCUUCAUCAUACGCUGAAUCCAGUCGGCGUGGAUCGUCUUAUCCCAAAGAGCCAUCGAGGUACAGGUACGAGGACGAUUGGGAUCGCGAUUAUCAUGAUCGCGAUCAUCAUCGUGGUCGAGGUAGAGAGAGGGAUUGUCGUAGGUAUUCUCCGUCGCCUUCGCGUACUCCGAGUCCUCGCAAGUCUUCUCGACCUAAUUCUCCGUUGAGGAGUCGGUACAGGGACGACGAUCUCUAUUCUCCACCUCGCCGGGCUGCAGAUCAACUCAAAGGCCGAGACAAGGGCAAAGACUCGGGACAUAAACGGGACCUUACACCUCCGAGAGCUCCCGUAUCGUUCCCUAUACCAAAACAUACUCUUGAGCGAGCCCGACCGCCUCACCUCGAAAGAGCCCUACCACCUCAUCUCGACUUCAAGAUUGCAGCUCGGAGCGAUGCCUCACAGCCUCAUAGUCCGCCACGAGGGCGGAGACGGUCUUCCUCGCCCCCGUCUCAGCCUCCGCCGCCUUUGCAAAGACCUCCAUCACCGCCCUCACCUCGCCAACAACCAUUACGGUCACGCCCUAGCUCGCCUCCCCCUUCGCCGCCGCCGAGAUCCCCUCUAAGUCAACCUCCAUCCCCUCCUCCACGAUCCCCAGAGCCCCCACCGCUGAGCUCCCGGCCAAGAUCCCCGUCGAGAGCAGUUGCUUCUUCAUCCCGUAUAAUCCGGGAUCUGCCUCCUCAUCGUGAUCUCGAGAGCGUUGCCCCUUCCAUUAUGGCAAAGAGAAUUUCGAGCCCCCCACAGCCCCUGCCAUGGCAAAUUCCUGCUUUCUCCGAAAGACGCGAAGGUCUCGGCAAUUUCCUCAUCUUACAGCAUCCUUCCUUCUCAGGCUCCAAGAGCGGGAAAGAGGUCAAAAAGAGGUUCGAUGGCAUGGAAGAAGGCCAAAUUGUGUCUGUGUCAGACCCCAGAGCAGAACUGAGUGAAGAGGCACGGAAGCGUGGUAGAGGUACUGCGAAGCAGAAGGAACUAUUUACGGAGCUGCAGUACGAGUGGGAUGAUCACUCUGUCGGUCUAAAGCCUCCACCUCCUCCCACAGCUGUUCUCAUUACCGACCUCAAUCCCCUGACUACAGUCGACCAGAUCAGCAAGCAUCUUAGACCGUAUGGCCGCAUACGCGAGAUCGAUUCCAAGAUGGAUCCAAAAUCCGGGAUGCAGCUGGGUAUAUGCUGGGUCAAGUUUGAUGGUCCGACAUCUGGCCGUCCGGGGACAGCGCACGAUGUGGCUGUAAAUGUGGUCAAGUCAUGUCAGGGGCAGAGGAUAGGUCUAUCAGGGAACGAAAAGAUUUCAGUCGUGCUUGAUGGGCGAGGAUUGAGAGCGGUAAAGGCUAUCAAAGCGGAGAUGACGAAACGCUAUCCUCCAAGGCAACCCGUGAUUGCUGUCAAGACCUCACCGGCUCCGACUCCUGCCGGCACGUCGUCGCGCACACCUGUUAGUGGUGGAGCGACCCCUCGGGUCGAGCCCUUGCGCAAGGUUCCGACCAGUGGACAGGCCACAUCAUCCCCCGCGACUCGCAACUUUGUCACUGGACCACUGUCCCGCGCUCGAGAUGCCACUGCACCAUGGAAUAACCGUCAACCUUAUCGCCCGCCGUCGACGCUCUCUCGUCCACCCGGUCUACCUGCUCGUCCGGCCCCACAGAGUUACAAUCUUGCAUCCUCCUUCAUAGACGCGCCCUUUGAUCCGCGAGACCGUGCUCCUCGGGAUCGUCCACGAUACGACUCGUACCGAUACUCGGACCGGGGCCGACGGUCAAGAUCAAGAUCAAGAUCUCGCUCACGGUCCCGUUCACGCUCUCGAAGUCGACACGCUCGCUCGUGCUCCACCUGUCCAUCUGAGUCGGACAGCGACAAUGAGGGGAUACAUUAUCGGCGUAGAGGACGAUCGCCAUCGCCGCGUGGUCGAAAUCGCAUUGCUCGACGCAAAGAUAGCUCCGAACGCAAAGCCAAUGAAGCCGCUGUCGCCAAAGUGCAAAAUGCCAUUGCUUCCAACGGCCAUGCCUACAUACUGAUCGAAACUACAUCGCUACCCUACAAAUCAGUGACGGAGGAGCAUCUAAGGGAUCAUUUCAGAAUGUUCAAGCCGUCUCAAGUCCUUUCCUCUACUCAAGGAUGGAUUGUCUUGUUCUCUGACAGUUUCUCUGCACAAAGAGCCAAGAUUUUGGACAAUACCAUCUUUCAGGGGCAUCGGUUGGUCCUCCAUUUUCGUUCGCCAGCUGUACAGCAGUCGCCAGUCAAGGAGGUGGCCGCUGUGCCGACUCCGAACGUCUCUAGCACUGGGAGGGCAUCUUGGAAAUUCUUGACGAUCACCAAGAAGAAUCGACCCGCCCCGGCGAAACCCCUGCCUGUUGUGCAGCGCAGAAGACGACCUUCCUUUUCUUCCACUAGCUCUGAAGAAUCCGACGCACCAGUCCGCAGAGCACGGUCAGGAUCGAUCUCCAGCGUCUCUGAGCUUUCCGAUGCCAUCCCGACUCGGCCGAAGAUGGUCAUCAAGAGCCCAGAGUCUGAUGCCGAAGUCUCUCUUGUCAUCCCUCCAGCUAGCGAUACGGCGACACCGUCCGACAUGGCCCAAGAUGAGCCGACACUCAAGGGCAAGAAGCGUCCCGGUAAAUCGACGGCCAAAAAGUCCAAAAAGGCCCGUAUUGCCUCUCCCUCUGGAUCUCCCGAAGGCACGCCGGUACCCGAGAUCAAGGUGGAUAUGGGUAUAGAUCCGUCGCCUGUCACUGUGACAGAUAUCCAUAUCCCUCCCGUCGCCAAAGCUGUCAAGCCCAAGAAGCCGGCCAAGUCUGCCAUUGACAAAUUGCUGGAAUCGGGGGUUGUCGAAGAUCACGAAGAUGCAUACUGGCUCGGCAUGGCUCUCGCAGCAGCCCAUGAAGGGGUCGUGCCGGAUCUUUCAGAUGACGAGGAUGAACUAUUUGAAGAGAAGCACCCACUGUAUCACACUUCGGGCGCAUGGCGAGCGGAAGGUUGGAAAAAGAUCCCUCAAGUUGCCAAGUCGUCCUAUCUGCCUCAACGAAAUCAAGCUCAAGUAUCUGUUGAGGACGCUUCGGCCUCCAAUGCCGGAUUGACAUCGGGACGUACGGCCCGCGUGACAGGUCGACGAUUGGCUCACGACAUGGAGACGACCCGAAAGACGACUAUCGCAAGUACGGCUGAAUCCGACUUGUUCGCAUUUAACCAGCUUCGGAUCCGGAAGAAACAGCUUCGAUUCGCUAGAUCAGCCAUCGAAGGGUACGGACUGUAUGCCAUGGAAACGAUCCAACCCGGAGAAAUGGUAUGCGAAUAUGUUGGCGAGAUAUGUCGAAGUGCCGUGGCGGAGAUCAGGGAACAGAGAUACCUUAAACAAGGGAUUGGAAGUUCCUACUUGUUCAGGAUUGACGGGGACAUGAUCUGCGAUGCGACCUUCCGUGGAUCUGUCAGCCGGUUGAUCAACCACUCGUGUGACCCAACGGCAAAUGCCAAAAUCAUCUCGAUCAAUGGGCAUUCAAAGAUCGUCAUCUAUGCCAAAAGUACACUUCAACCGGGCGAGGAGAUUCUAUACGACUACAAAUUCCCACUGGAAUCUGAUCCUGCGCUUCGGGUCCCUUGUCUGUGUGGAGCCAAAACUUGUCGAGGAUGGUUGAAUUAG